AUGGCUCUUCGUGCGGUGGGUCUGCUGGCAGUGGCCAGCAUCGCCUUGAUUGGUCUGCAUCGUGCUUUUGUCGCGAACAGCAUUCAGGCCAGCAGGCAAACCACGCCUUCCACGAAUUCUCCCUUGGAGCGUCUGGCUGGAAGCGGAAGCGCAGCCACAGAAGAGGUGCCAGCAGUGACCACAGCCUUCGACGGGCUGCUGCGCUUCGCGGCUGGGGCCAUGCUGGGCCUGGCCUUGGUUGCCGGCACCGCGGGUCCUGCCAGGGCCGAUGUCGAGGAUGUGGUGAUUCCUGUUGAUGACAAGGGCAAGACCACCACUUUGACCAAGGAGCAGCUCGUCCGCGGCAAGCGUCUGUUCAACGCAGCCUGCGCCUCCUGCCACGUCGGAGGUGGUACCCGCACCAACCAGAACGUGGGCCUGGCCAUCGAGGAGCUUAGUGGUGCGCAGCCCAACCGCGCCUCCGUGGAAGGCCUGGUGGACUACCUGAACAACCCCACCACGUACGAUGGUCUCAAGGACAUCUCGGAGGUUCACCCAUCCAUCAAGGGCGGCGACAUCUGGCCCAAGAUGCGCUCCAUGAAGCAGCAGGACACCUGCUUCUGCACAAUGUAUGACAUGUCUGCCUACAUCCUCUACCAGAACCAGACCAUUCCGGAGAAGUGGGGCAGCCGCGGCUGGCAGUGGUUCAGGGCCAAUCUCGAAGUGCCAGUACUGGUGGCAAGGCCACUUGCAGUAACAUCUCGUCAGAGGGGCGAGGCAUUGCACAAGCCACCCCUCCCGUACAGGCAGCUCCAUGAUGCGUUCGGCAGUGUUGCUGGCGGCUUUGCUCUCAGUGGACUGGUUGCCGGCUUCGGCCUCCUCGGCUUGCGGGGCGCGUUUGUGGCGCAAAGUGCCACCCAGGCGAAGUCCGAUGGACGCCUGAUGGGACAUGGCGACAGCAGCUCUUGGGUUGGUGCGGCGGCCGAAGAGGUGACUACAUCGCCGGUCUCUCUCGACGGGCUGCUGCGCUUCGCGGCUGGGGCCAUGCUGGGCCUGGCCUUGGUUGCCGGCACCGCGGGUCCUGCCAGGGCCGAUGUCGAGGAUGUGGUGAUUCCUGUUGAUGACAAGGGCAAGACCACCACUUUGACCAAGGAGCAGCUCGUCCGCGGCAAGCGUCUGUUCAACGCAGCCUGCGCCUCCUGCCACGUCGGAGGUGGUACCCGCACCAACCAGAACGUGGGCCUGGCUAUCGAGGAGCUUAGUGGUGCGCAGCCCAACCGCGCCUCCGUGGAAGGCCUGGUGGACUACCUGAACAACCCCACCACGUACGAUGGUCUCAAGGACAUCUCGGAGGUUCACCCAUCCAUCAAGGGCGGCGACAUCUGGCCCAAGAUGCGCUCCAUGAAGCAGCAGGACACCGGCUUCUGCACAAUGUAUGACAUGUCUGCCUACAUCCUCUACCAGAACCAGACCAUUCCGGAGAAGUGGGGUGGCGGCAAAACGUACUACUGA